ACCAAGGAGGGUGAUAUAAUUUAAAUGUGGAGAUUUGUUAGCUGGCUGGGAUUAUUCAGAAUAGUGGGGUCAUUACUUGGGUUGCGUAGAGUAAUAAACUGAAGGGAGUUCAUUGUCCGCUAGCUAGGAAUCUGAUCCACCGUCACUGGCUCUCCUGGACUGUUUAGUUUAGUCAGAAUCAACUGAAAUUCUGUUUGUACGCAUUAACAGCAAGAUAAUAGAAAAUGAACCACAGCGGGCCUGGCAAAUCUUGCGGGAAAACAUUCCUGUUCACAUCGGAAUCUGUAGGAGAAGGGCAUUCGGAUAAAAUGUGUGACCAGAUUAGCGAUGCUGUGCUUGAUGCCUACCUGGCUCGGGACCCUGACUCGAAAGUGGCUUGCGAGUGUGUGGCGAAGACAGGCAUGAUCUUACUGUGUGGAGAGAUCACAUCGAAAGCAAAUGUGGAUAUCCAGACUGUGGUUAGAAACACUAUUAAAAGUAUUGGAUAUGAUGAUUCCUCCAAAGGUUUUGAUUAUAAGACCUGCAAUGUCCUUCUGGCCCUUGAACCGCAGUGCCCAGAGAUCGCUGACUGUGUGUUUGAGGGCAGGACUGAGGAGGACAUUGGUGCUGGAGACCAAGGCUUGAUGUUUGGCUAUGCCACCGAUGAAACAGAGGAGUGCAUACCAUUAACCAUCUCCCUUUCUCAUAAGCUCAAUGCUAAGAUGAAAGAGCUGUAUUGCAGUGGAGUAUGCCCCUGGAUAAGACCAGACUCUAAGACACAGGUGACAGUGGAGUACCGGGACAAUAUGGGUGCCAUGGAGCCACUGCGCGUCCAUACGGUGGUCAUAUCUGUGCAGCACAGCCCUGACAUCAGUCUGCAGGAGAUCCGCCGGGACCUGAUGGACAAGGUGAUUCGAGCAGUGAUCCCAUCCAAGUAUUUGGAUGACAGGACCAUCUAUCACCUUCUGCCCAGCGGGAAGUUCAUCAUGGGAGGCCCACAGGGAGAUGCAGGACUUACAGGGCGGAAGAUCAUUGUGGACACCUAUGGUGGCUGGGGUGGCCAUGGAGGUGGUGCGUUCUCUGGGAAGGACUGCUCCAAAGUGGACCGCUCUGGGGCGUACGCAGCCCGCUGGGUAGCCAAGUCCCUUGUUAAGGCCAAGCUUUGCAGGAGAGUUCUGGUCCAGAUAUCCUAUGCUAUCAGUGUGAGCUGCCCCCUGUCCAUUUCUGUGUUCCACUAUGGUACAUCUGCAAAGGAUGAAGACGAGCUGCUGCAAAUUAUACAGAAUAAUUUUGACCUGCGCCCAGGAGCCAUUUUGAGGGAACUCGAUUUGAAAAAGCCUAUCUUCCAGAAAACAGCCUGUUAUGGACACUUUGGAAGAGAGGAAUUUUCUUGGGAGAAGCCAAAGCCUCUGAAGUUUUGACACUGGAUGGUUCCUAUAAAAAUAAUCAUUGUUGGCUUUGCAAUACAGUCAUUCCAUAUUAUUAUUGAUUGAUUGUACAAGGAUGGAAAUAAUGUACUUCUAAUAAUGCAUCUCUUUGCCAUCAGUAUUAAUUUAUGUAAAAUGGUCUGUAAUUAAUUUUCAAUGGGAUUUGUAUUUUUUGUACUGCUAAAAUGUGUAAUCAUUUUGACAAAUAUAAACUGUGUAGACAUUGCAACUUUA